CAUACAAUAUAUCCAUCCAUCUCUCUUUUGACUACCUAUACAACACUUUCUUUUUCAGUCUUUCUGUUAGAAAUAACAAUUAACUACUAAAAAAUGGCGUCAAGCUCAAUGUCCUCUCGUGGGUCUGCCUCAUGGACUGCACAGCAGAACAAAGCCUUUGAAAGGGCUUUGGCUGUAUACGACAAAGACACACCAGACCGUUGGGCCAAUGUCGCCAGGGCUGUUGGCGGCAAAACUGCCGAUGAAGUUAAGAGGCACUAUGAGCUUCUCGUGCGGGAUGUCAAGUAUAUCGAGUCUGGCCAAGUCCCCUUCCCUAAUUACAGGACCACAGGGACCAGAGGAUGAAAAAUCUGAAGCUAUAAUGAAGUACAAGAAACUGAAGCAUGAUCAAGAAGAACCAUAUUCUCUAUCUCUAUUAUCAAUUUCCUCUUGUUGCAUUGUUAGUAAUAUUAUAUAGUAUAACUAGUAGUAGUAAACCCUAUUUCAAGAAUCGCGAAAUGGGAUCUUUUUCUGUUCUAGCAGUUGUCAACUAGUUGUUCUUAUUCUAGUGAUGCUAUGUAUAAUUAAUUUAGCACAUAUAUAAUAUUAGUGUAUUAAUUAAAAAAAAAAAAAAAAAAUCAAGGCACAUCAAAUCUUGUGAUUCUUGCAUAAGUUCUCUUUGUGUAAGUCUGUAAUAUUUUCUCUAAGAUUACUGUAUGUAACAUUCCAUAAAUUAAUUAAUAAUCUUGUAUUUUCUUUUGUUGAUUA